AUGGUGUCUCCUGCCAUCGCCCUGGCCUUCAUCCCCCUUGUCGUGACGCUCAUCAUCCGGUAUCGCUACUACUUUGCGCUGUUCUACCGGGCUGUUCUGGUUCGAAUCUGGAAGGACUGUGUGACUGGGCUAAGCCGAGAGGAACGGGCCUUCCAGUACGUUUUAACCCAUGCCACCCCGGGAGACCCUGACAGCAUCCUGGACGCCUUUGACGUCUGGUGCACCAAAGUGGAGUUCAUCAGCAACAUUGGGCCCAAAAAAGGGAAGAUCCUGGACCGGCUGCUGUCGGAGCAGAGCCCACUGACGGUGCUGGAGCUGGGUUCCCACUGCGGCUACAGCACGGUGCGCAUGGCCCGGGCCUUGCCCCUGGGCGCCAGACUGUACAGCGUGGAGAUGGACCAGAGCAAUGCCGCCAUCGCAGAGAAGGUCAUACGCCUGGCAGGGUUCGACGACGACACGGUGGAGUUAAUCGUGAGUCCGUCUGAUGAGGUUAUUCCACGGCUGCGGUCAGACUAUGGCCUGGAAAGGCUGGACUUUGUCUUCAUGGACCACUGGAAGAAGUGCUACCUACCUGAUCUGCAGAUGCUGGAGGGCUCUGGUUUGUUGGGGAAGGGCUCCAUGGUCCUGGCAGACAACGUGCUUUUCCCCGGGGCUCCCAACUUCCUCAGACACAUCCGCAGCAGCGGUCUGUACGAGUGGAGGCUCCACCGGGCCAUGCUGGAGUACAGCAAAGGCAUCAGAGACGGCAUGGCCGAGCUGGUGUACCAGGGCGUCAAGUAA